AUGGCCGCCACUAAGAUGUCACACAUCUCGCAAUCGGGGAUCUUACACCGGCAGGCGCCAGUCUGGUCUUGGAUCGCGUGGUGGAUCAGUCUGGCUUUGGACUGGAGGAAUGAGCGUUCGUUCCUGGGGUGGUUCUUCAGUGGGAUUGUUUUGACUGGGUUGAUUGUCUCGGUUACUGGUAUUCCUGGACUGCUUUUGGGUCGUCUGGCUGGGGUGUUCGGUGGUGGAAGAGGCGGCGGCGAGGAAGCGCUUGGUGAUGGUAGAUUCGUUGCUGUUGAUAAGAAUCCCGGAGAAGUGGCUGAUCAGGAUGACAUUGCGGAGCAGGAGGAUCGGGAUCAGAUGAGUGAGAGUCGAUACCAGCGCUGGCUUGGGCUGAGACGACAGAUCAGGGCUGAGGAAACACAGCGGAAACUUAAAUUCGACGAGGAGGGUCGUCGUCUUCUUCUGGCUUGCAGCAAGACGAGCGUAAGCAAGUUUCGACUUCGCAGAGCUGUUUUGCCAUCCGAUCAGGCUAUCCUUACUGCUGUGGUUGCUGAAACCAUAUCAGAGGCCGACACGACAGCGAUUGACACACAAGCUCAGCCAGAGAAAUUUUCUACUGCUCCUGAUCAUCCCGUCAAUCCGCUUGAGACGGCCUACAAUGCUUUGGUGCUCGUAUAUGCUCGUCUGGACAUGAUUCUGGCCUACGCACGCCGUCUGGAGACUACUGGUGAGAGCUUUGAGGCUGUUAUCGCAGCCAUCUUCGGUCGGGACGAGGUUAUGGACUGGGCGAGAUCUGCGGCGAUGACUUUACAACAGAUCGCCGUCUUAUCUUCGGUUGAUGGGACUCCUGGUACUCCUGACUGGUCGAAGUUGCCCAAUAUUUAUCAAGCUCACAUGAACGGCUUUCUCAGCCUGAUAUGGCCUCAAACGCAAGCCGCUCUUUGUCUUGAAGAAGAUACAGCUUCUGCUACGGCUUCAGAAAGCGCUUUCCCGGCCGUCCAGACGGACGUAGAUAUCGAUCGAUCGAUCGCAGACAAGAUGAAGCAGCUACAGGCCUGGUACGAUCCCAUGAUGGCCGACUUUAAGAUGAUGCCGGACUAUGAAGACGACUCGGAGGACACAUGA